GUGAGGGAGGGAGGUUUCAUUCACUUUCCAUGAUAAUAAUAAAAAAGAAAAUAUGGACAAAACCCAACGCUACAGUGACCUCAAGCUUGUGUCGUACGUCCAAUAGACACAAACGCAACAAAUUUCAAAUGAUACAAAUUUCGCACUGGGUACCAAACCUCCACAUCACACGACGGAUCCGGGGGCCCACUAUAUGACGGGAGUUGUCAUCGAUAUCAAAUCAGAUAUAAUGGAAUAUCUGAUUUCAUAUCGAGCUGAUUGAAUUAAUGACUAAUUAAUCAUCAUUGGCCAAGAGAGUCAAACGAGCUAUUGGUGGUCUCGCAAUAAAAAUAUAAUGUAACCUAUGUUUAUUUAGAUAUCCGUUUACGAGAAAGUAAACAGUGUGGAGUAAAUGCUACUAUCAAAACGCCAUUAAGACAUGAUUAAGUAUGACUAAUUUUAGCAAAAUACCUGGAAGCAAAGUAAUGACCAGGACAGUUGUAUAAUAACAUUAGAACUGAUAAACCGGGACUAGUAAUGUAGGUCAGGGUAGGUUAUAUAGGACCAUAUAAAGUUAAGAAUGUAAGUAAGUCUACUCACUCGGAAUAAAAAACCGCUUUAAUGUAUAGAAUCAUAGUCAAUACGCUAAUGAUUCAUUUAAUUUACUAUAUAAUUAUCAAGAGCUAUGAUGAGUUUUCAUUCGCAGAGUUACUGCCGACCAAAUGCACUGCGGUGCUUACGUGCAGUAACUUAAGUCAAAAGCAUACAUGAUAAUUGGUUAAAUACAGUAUUUGUGUUAAGUGUUAAAAACAAAGUGAGUGAUAGUAUCAAAAAUGGCAGUGCUUAUAGUGACCAUUGCUUGUGCAUUAGUUGGAAUAUUAUCAAGUCAAGUCGGAAGCCAACCAACCAAACGCCUAAUCCAUGUCGGAGUAAAGCAAAGGCUUAUAAUCCCACCUUCCAACUCCCGCAGUCGGGCGCUUUCGAAAUUCAGUCCUGACAGGAAAAUUUUCAAAAAUCGACCCACCACCUCAUGCAGCCGGAGUUGUGAUACAGAACAGACUCCUGUCAUGUAUCAUUUACCUAAGCCACUUAAGUUACAUGAUACCUUUGACGUCAUAAUGAAAUCAAAAGAAUGUAAUAUGAGAUCUUUAAGUAUAAGUUUAAUGACAGAAAAUAACAAAACGGCCUGUACUUUAAAAAUAAUAUCUGACGACAAACAAAGCGAACCAAGGCAGCUUAAACACAAAGUAUUGGUUGAAGAAGGACCAUCCACUAUUUUAUGGCCACUGAAUGAAUUCCUACAAGGUGACAAUCCUGCAGAAUAUUCCAACAUAACAGUGUCUUUUACUGUGAGACGAAACGUACUAACAAGUGAAAAUAACAUACUGGAAAUUGGAGGGAAAAGCAGCUCUAUAACUGCAAUGGAAAUAGAUGAAGACGCAGAUGUGGGCGACAUCACAUUUCUUAAAAUUGUUGGAGACGGAUGGGACGUUGCGGAACUCAACUUCAAAUUCGACCUAAUCAAGGAACCUUGACUUGGUAGUCAUACUCUUGGAGGAAAAUUGCUAUGAUAACUUUAUACGGACGUCAAUAUAACAGUUAUCCUGAGAACUUAUUGACUUCUGAGGAACAGGUAUUGAAGAUAAAGCUGACUAAAGUGAAGGAAGGAAAAUAUUCUUAAAUCUAGGAAGCUAUGAUUUGUGUUAUGCGUAUUGAAAGCACACGUGGCAAUAGUAGGUAGGUUAGCCAUUUUUUAGGUACAUACACUCUCCAUUACAUGUGCAGCCAAGGAAAAACAGCAAUAAAAUUAAUAUGAUGAAAAAUAAAACCAUGCAGAGAGAAAGAGAGUAUAGGUAUGUGCGUCCAACUUAGAACAAUGCCAUAAAUUCUCUUGAAUUAAUAAUCAAGACUGAUAUAAACUCGACGUAUUGUCGAUUAAUUGUACACAGAAUGAGCUAUGUAAAAUUGAAUUACCAAAUAAAUAUUUUUUUUUUCAUAAUUUUUUACAUGCAAUAUUUCAAUUAAUUACGUUUCACAAUCCCAUUCAUAUUUUUAUUACCUACUUAUUAAUAUGUUUUUUGGUCUUGCUACAUUCAAGUAAAAAAGAGCAUUGGGUAAAUUGUCAAAUUAUGGAUUAGCAUUGUAGUUAUUCAUAAGGAUUUUGGUCAGUACUUAAGUUUUUAAUUGUGGUAAGUUAGUAGACUGUAUUUCAUUUAGGUAGAAACUAUACUUACCGGCGAAAAUACAUUAUGCAUAAGAUUCAAUUUUUAAGUUGUAUAUCAUACUAGCUGCGCCCCGGGGCUUCGCUCCCGUGGGAAUUUCGGGACAAAAAGUACCCUAUGUGUUAUUCUACGUUAUUUUCUACACGUUUAUAAAAUUUCAUAACAAUCGAUAAUGCGUGAAAAGGUAAGAAACAAACUUACUUUCGCAUUUAUAAUAUUAGUUGGGAUUUCAUUCGAUACCUACAGGGUGAAAAAAACUAUUAUUAUUGUAUAUAAUGUAUAAAUAAUAUACUAUAUUCUUACAAAACCUUUUACACAAUUAGAUACCUAAUUGUUAAAAAACAAUACUAAUUAUAAAUUACAUGCCUCGACAAUGAUUAAAAUUUGUUAUAAAAAUGCCUGUGUUUUAUUUCUGAACUAGCGGCCCGACUUCGGUCGCGUAAAAACAAUGAUAAAAUAUUCACUUUCUCAGGAAUCACAUUAUCUAUUAGUGAAAACCGCAUGAAAAUCCCUGUAGUAGUUUUUGAGUUUAUCACUAACUCCGAAACUACCGAACCGAUUUCAAAAAUUAUUUCAUCAAUAGAAAGGUACAUUAUCCAAGGUUGCUAUAGGCUAUUUAAUAACUAUCAAAUAAAAUUCCCACGGGAGCGAAGCCCCGGGCAACAUCUAGUAUUUUAAUAUACAGAUUCAGCGCCUCGGAAAAUAAGGCAAAUCCGCUAAUGUCCCAAAUAAUGACACUGCCAAGUACCAACCACAAGUUCUAUUGACUCUUAGGUUUUUGAGUAAUCUAUACAUACAUAUAAUUAGAUAAAAGACUAUUAACUAUAUUUUUUUCGAAAAUUCAGGAUUUC